CCCGACGUCUACACGGUACCGUCGCGUCGCGUCGCGUUUGACAACCUGCUCCAGGACCGCCACCAUCGUUCCGCCUCCAAAAAUUUGCUCCACAGUUCACAGAUUUACUAAACAAAAAAACGGUGAAAGUGCUUGAAUGGCGGAUCCGAAACAGAGAGCUAUCAUCAAAGUCUUUCGAAAGUACAGCCAUUCUCUCGGACCUGAGGCUUUAGAAUUUGUUGAAGAGAUUCUUGAGCGUCACGAGAUACCUGAGGAUCAGGUUGAGCAGUCUGUUGAAUGGAUUGCUAAGGAAUACAAUAAGCAGGAUGACGCGCAGAUGAAGGUCUCCCUUGAGGUCCUUCAAAGAGUGUAUGAUACGUUUCAAGAAGGAAGUGACAUGGCAGAUGGCGACUUUCUUGACCCAGAGAGCCAUCUAUACUUCAUAGAUGCUUUCGAGAUGCCAUUGUGGAAUUGGUCAACGGAGCGUAGUGCGUUUGAGAGAGCUCUUGCGCCGUUGACUGGAUCAGGCUCCGCGGAUACCCGCAUCUCGGCCAUACGAAAUCGCCUCAAUAUCAUCAAACAAACGAUUCUCCGAAACGACCACUUCUCCCCAUCGACUAUCGCCGCACGGGAUCGAGAGCACUUGUUAACGCUACGCUCGACGAAACAACUGCUGGGCCGCGCUGGCCAAAGGUUCCUCCUCUUUGGCAUGCUUUCCCACUCAAAGGAAGGAAAAAUAUGCCUCGAAGACGAAGAUGGGGCCGUCGAACUUGACUUCUCGCAGCUGGAUCAGCCGAGCGAAGGCCUCUUCACCGAAGGCUGUUUUGCCCUUGUGGAGGGUGAUUAUACCGACGAGGCAACUCUGCAAAUCAUCGCUAUCGGCCAUCCGCCGUGCGAGAGCCGUGAGGCGGCGAAGUCAAUAUACGGCCAUAUCGACUUUCUGGGGAAAGGUGCAACAACGCUAGCCGAAGAUAAUCAGCUAGCAACCCGACUGCGAGAAGAUUGGCCGGAUCUUCGUUGCUUUGUGCUUUCAGAUGUCUGGCUAGAUCAUCCAGACACGAUGCAAGGGCUGAAGAAGCUUUUUGACAACUGCGUGGAGAACCAGUUUAUUCCACGUCUUAUUGUCUUGUGUGGAAACUUCAGCCAGCGCGGCGUUGCACAAGGAAAUUCAAGAGAAAUCAGAAGAUAUCAAGAUGGUUUUGAUUCGUUGGCUGAACUUAUUGCGUCAUAUCCGGUCUUCACUCGCCAAACGCAUUUCAUAUUGGUUCCUGGACCUCGCGACAUCACGGUUAACUCUAUUCUUCCUCGCAAGCCUAUUAUAUCUUCGUUCACGGGCAAGCUAAAGAGCAAGGUUCCUAAGCUCCAUCUUGGGUCCAACCCGUGUCGGAUAAAGUUGUGCGACCAAGAACUCGUGAUUUUUCGGGAGGACCUCAUGGCCCGAAUGCUCAGGAACCUCGUCGGUGUGAAGCCCGACGUUCGCGAGGACGAUUUGAAACGCUAUCUCGUGCAAUCCGUCCUCGACCAAAGUCAUCUAAUGCCGCUCACGACCUCUAUCCAAUCGACACUCCCAGAAUAUGAUCACACGCUUCGUUUGUAUCCGCUUCCUACGGCGGUUGUCCUUGCAGACAAGUACGAUCGUUACCAAAUGACUUACGAAGGGUGCCAUGUGUUCAAUCCUGGCAGCUUUCUGGGGAACUCCUUCGGUUUCUCAGCCUAUACCCCAGCAUGCCGAGAGUCCGAAGAGUGUGUGCUCGGUUUCGACGGUGAUGGUUGA